UCUUUGACAGCCUAAGGCGUGUAUGCAGUAGUCAUAACAUUGGGACGUAAGAAUGUAAACUGCGAGUGACCAGUUCUUUCAAUACAAAUCCUACGGAGGUGUUUGAGUAUAUAACAGUGAAAUUCUUUGUUCUUGUUGGGAUAUCUUUCAAAUCAGCUUCUUAAUUAUCAGAGCGAAAGGGAGUUGAUGUGCAGAACAGGCUUUGAUUUCAUCUUAACGGCUAAGUGUCCACUAACGAGAUAACAGACACUUGGAUGGAGGAUGUCACCUCAUUCUUGGAUGCCGUUUGCACCCGAUUUUCCCCUGACGUCUAUUUGUUAUAACCUGCGCAAUUCCUUACAAUAGUUGUGCAACAUCAUUGAAAGGCUAACUUAAUUAAGACUUUGCCUGAAAAAUCGUCUGUGUUUAUUGUCAUAUAGAAUCAUCUCGAUUUUGCGCACAGUCAUAAUGAACUAUUCUGAUGUCUCGCCGUUUUCCGAUACGACAGUUAAUUUUUCUGUCCCUUUGUCCACUCGGAACGACACCACAACAGUAUCAGACAUGGGAGUUGUGAGAGGCAUCAGUGCCGUCCCAGAACUGUUAGCGUUCCAGAGCCGAUACCAGAUAAUUCAUGGCUACCUUGCCCCAAUCAUCUGUAUUUUUGGUGUGGUUGCAAAUAUUCUGAAUAUAGUAGUAUUGACGAGGAAAAAUAUGCAGACUUCUACGAAUGUUAUUUUAACAGGUUUGGCUAUAUCAGACGGUCUAACUAUGGCGGCCUACAUUCCAUACGCUUUGUUGCUGUAUGUGAUUCACGGAACUAGGAGCACCCCAAUCCGAGAUUCUUACAGGGUAGCUCAAUUCAGUAUCGGGUACGCAUUAGUUAGUGUUGUUGUUCACUCUAUAUCAAUAUGGCUGACGGUUACUUUAGCUUUGUUUCGGUAUAUUUUCAUCCGUUUUCCUCGCCUUGGUGCGCAGUACUGUAACAUACACAAGGCCAAAAUCGCCGUCGUGGCAGUGGUUAUAGUAGUCUCACUAGUAUGUGUUCCGUACUCUGUAAAUUUUACAAUAGGAGUACACAAUUUUACGGAUCCUAAUGGACUGAUACCAAACGGGACAGUCUACUUCAUACAAAUGAAACAAAACAGUGACUUUGAAAAGAUAUUGUACAAUAUAAAUUUCUGGAUACAAGCGAUCCUUAUAAAACUCCUACCAAGUUUCUUAUUGACCAUUUUUAGUAUUCUUUUAGUGAAUACCAUGAGAAAUGCUGAAAAGCGAAGGAAGAAACUGUUAAAUAAUGUCCCCAUGUCGGAUGAGAAUGGGGCUACUAGUACUAGCAGCACGACGACUGCAUCGAGGAAGCAGAAAAAAAGUCGCAGUAACCGGACAACCAAGAUGCUUUUGGCCGUGGUUAUUCUAUUUUUAUUUACAGAAACACCUCAAGGAGUUCUGAGCGUCAUGGGUGGUCUAGAUGAUAGUUUUUUUACGCAUAUUUAUAUCCCUUUAGGGGAUUUACUGGAUAUAAUAACAUUGAUAAACAAUGGAAUCAAUUUCGUUUUGUACUGCACCAUGAGCAAACAGUUUAGAGACACGUUCUUGAAAUUAUUUCUUAAAAACGUUCUUCAUCAGGAAUACCGGCGGACCAAAAACACUUACACAGCGGCCCAAGCUACGCAAGCGACCAAAGACUCCGAUGUGUAAUUUUUUUUUUAGUAAAUGCGGAACUCUAACUACGAUUAUUUGAAUAUUUUAGUCAUUAAUUGCGGUGAGUUUUUUGGUUCAUAUAUGGUGUACAGACUUUACCCUAAGCAUAUGUUUACAUGUAUUCCUUAUUAUAAGCUUUAUCUGUAUUAGAAAUAUUGAAUGCUCAAGCUCUUACAUACAUGUAUGUAUUCGUUAUUCAUUUUUAUAUCCACUAUCUUCAUAUUAAUAAUGGAAAAGCUAAA